AUGUUUUUAUUAAAUUAUUUUAAAAAACCAACAAAUGAUGAUAUAAAUAAUAAUAAUAAUAAUAAUAAUAACAAUAAUAAUUUUUUUAAUUUUUAUAAUACAAAAGAAAUUGAAAAUGAUGAUUCUGAAGGCGAAGAAGAAAUAUUUAUAAAUAAUGUUACUUUACCAAAUUAUGUUUUAAUUAAAAUAUUAAAUUAUUUAUUGUUUAGUAAUUUUGGUGAAGUUAUAAAAUUGCAAUAUGAAAGUGAUUUUCAAGGAACUUUUAACAACUUUUUAAAAUUGGGAUUGGUUUCAAAGGGAUGGGAAAAAUCUGUAAUGCCAAAUUUAAAUUACCAGUAUAUCAAAUUAAAAAGUAGUGUAGAUUGUAUAACUUUAAAUAGAUGGAUCACCAAGGGUAUUUAUCAAACUCCAUUGAUAGGGAUUAAAAAUAUAGAUAUAGAAUUUCCAAAUGUGGUAUCAAGGGAGUCAAGUAAAGAGUAUUCAAGCUUUAAAAAAAUAAAAAAUGACUACGAUUUUGAUAAAAUUCGUUUUUCAUAUUCAAUGGCCUUAACUGAGGCUUCAGAAAUUCAAGAUUAUUUAACUGAAUUUAUAACAAUCCACAACAUCAAAGAGUUAGAGUUUUCUGCUUUACCAUCAAUCAAAAAUCCAUUGGGUGUAUCCUUAUUGCCAAUGAUCAAGUUUUCAGAAUUAGGAGAUUGUAGAAAUCUUUGUCAUAUUUCAUUAAAGAAUCAAUUAUUAUCUUGCGAAAAAGUAUUGUUUCUAAUAGAGCUUUUCCCACAGCUUAUAAGUCUAGAUUUAACAAAUAAUAGAAUUGGUAUCGACUAUACAGAGGUUUUCCACCAAAGCUUAUCAAAUGCCAAUGGUUUACAGUCUCUUAAAUUGGGAUCAAAUGCUUUAAAAAAUAAUAUCGACUAUAUAUUACCUAUAUUAGAAGACUCGUGUUUUUUAAAGCUCUUGGAUAUUAGUGAAAACUAUAUAGAUGAGGGUUCAUCAAAUGUAAUUUCAGAUUUUAUCUCAAAUAAUAAGACCAUUGAAUCAAUUAAUUUAUCAAAAAAUUCAUUUAAUCAAUUAUCAAUUAAUCAAAUAAUGAUGUCAUUAGCUUCAAAUAAAAAUUUAAAAGAAAUUCAUAUAGCAGAUUUAAAGUGUUUCAGCCCAACCCUAUUAAAUGAAUACAUCGAAUCUACAUCCUCUUUAAACUCAUUGGUUAUCAGUAAUAAUAAUUUAGAUUUCCCACAUGCAUUUUUUACAUCAUUAAAAAAGAAUCAAUCUAUAAAGUCUUUAAAUCUCAAUUACUGCAGCUUAAAACCAUCAGAUUAUCAGUCCCUAUCAGACUAUUUAAACAGCGAUCAAUGUAACUUGGUUAAACUCUCUCUAUUAAGGGUAUUCCCAGAUAGUAUACCAACAGAGCUCCUUUUUAGUCAAAUAUCAAAUAUCAACGAAUUAGAUAUAUCAGUCAAUUAUAUGGACGAAAAAGAUUGCAAACACUUUGGAAAAUUUUUAGAAACAAACUCAUCAAUUACAAAACUAUGGUUAAAAAGAAAUAAAAUUGGUAAAAAUGUUAAAUAUAUUUUCAAUUCUUUGGUUGAAAAUAAAACAUUAACUCAUUUGAAUCUAUCAGGAAAUAUUAUAGAUUUGGUAGAAAUCAAUUUAGAUUUUAUUUCAAAAAACAAUACCCUAAUUUCAAUAGACUUAUCCCAAAAUACAAUUUUAAAUACAGAACUUCUUAAUUUAUUUCAGAAAUUACAAUCAAGUAGUUCAAUUACACAUAUAAAUAUUUCAAAUAACAAGCACGAUGGAGAUAUUGUAUUCAAUUCAAAAAAAAGAACUCCAAAGUUACAAGAAAUAAGAUGUUCAGGAUUUAUGAGGAAUGUACAUUCUAUUAAAAAUAUGGCAAGGACUAUAAUUUAUGAAGAUGACUUUGCCUUUCAAUACACUACCUAUGUAGAUGUAGAGAUUAGAGCUAAAUUUACAAAAAAAAGAGCUGCAAUGUAA